AUGAAGUUCUUCACUUUCUUCUUAACGCUCAUCGCUUCCGUCACAUUGGUUUGUGCAGCCGGUAGUGCUCCAGCAAGCUUUGAUUCGAUCAAAGCAGAUCUUGUUGCCGCUCAAGCAGGUGCGAAAGAUUUCGUCAAAGUUUCAGCAUCUACCACAGUGACUGCAAACACUGUUGCAACAGUUGCUGCAACUCUCAAAGCAACUUCAACAGCUUUCAUUGACGUUACUGCAAAAGCUUCUUUAUUCCAAGGUUUAUUCACUUCCGUUCAAAUAGAUGCUUGUUUAACUUUGUUAAGUUCAAUCAGCGCUUCAAUCAAUGCAGGUACAAAGAAUCUCGUUCAAAACAAAUCAACUUUCAAGGCAAUCGACGAUCAAAAUCAAAUUUCUGAUCAAUUGGCCGCUUUGGACGGUAGUGUUUCCGCUUCUGUUACUGCUCUUGCUGUCGUCUUCACUGCCAAUGCAUCAGAAAAAGUUAAGGCUGUCGGUGAAAGUAUUAGUACCGAUGCAUACAACGCUUGCCAAGCUUACGGUGGUAAGGCAUGCUAG